AUGCAUCCAAUAGCGGGUGCGCGCCAAUCCGCUGCGGGCAGCGCUGGUCCGGACAGCGCGGAAGCGGGGGGGUCGCAAGGCGGGGAUGCUUUCGCGGAUCAGUCGUUGGCAGGCGCUGCGAGGGACGCUGCGGCAGCGGUGCGGGCGGACGCGUCGGGGGCAGCGGCGCCCAGAGAGUCGUGCAUCAAACACAUCGACGCCAUCUGGUUCUGCUACUCGCCGGUGUACCAGACAACGCAGUACUACCGCGAGGGCACGUUUGACUCGUGCCUCGGCAAGUGGGGCCACCUGUGGGACUGCAUGCUGCUGCGCACCGCUGCUGCCCCCUCCGUGCUGGUCAGUGUCGCCCUGCUGGCUCGCCGUGAGGAGAGGCGCAAUCAGCAGGGCCCUCCGCCGGCGCACAUCUGGCAGAUGCGCUCGCCAGAGGAAGCAAGCAAGUUCUGGGAGCAGGAGUUUGGAGGCAAGUCCUAG